UUAUAAGUUAGAAGAAUAAAAAAUAAAACACAAACAUGAUCAUGUCACCGUCAACUGACUUUUUAAGAAUAUGGGAAUGAGUAAAAAAAGUAACAACAACAUACUGUCUGACAAAGAAACGCAAUCGCCUAUGUUAAAAAUUUUCAAAGACAUCAUGCAAAGAGAGAAAAAUGAUUCAGAAAAAGUCAAUCUAAUCAAGAUUGAAAAGCUAGAAAACAAAAAACGUAAGACGUAUUCUGGACCACUUCCUAAAACUGACCUGAGAUCCUGUGACUCAAGCAGUACGGAGCGGUUCAAGCACAGCCACGGCAGUAAAAUGCCGAUACAAGACUUGGAACAACAAAUGUAUAAGGAAUGCAAUGAUAGAACGCAGACUAUACCUUAUAGCGCAGAAAAGAAAGACAACUGGUGGUUCUGGAAAGAUGCAGAAAAAAAGAAAGUAGCUGAUGAUACCUGUUCAUGUGUUUCUUGUGCGUUGAAGAAAGUGAUCAGUUCGGACUACGCUUGCAUCUUUUGUCUGUCACUGGUGUUCGCCAUAUCCGUGGUGGUGGCGUUCGUAGUCUUCAGGAGUGUAGCGGUGUCUGAAUCCAUCUCGCCGCAGAUCGAAGGACGCAUGAGUUCAGCGCUAAAGAAGAACACGAUGAUCAAAUCGAGACGGCAAUUCCGUAGCGAUGGAUCAAACUUGGAUGGGAAUAAACCCUGGACUGACAUUGUCACUGAUCCCUGGAGAAGUUUACCUAGGUUGUCUGGAGCAGCACUGAUUUCCAAUGUUGAGUCAAAGAUCUACAACAAUUAA